UUGUUUUUUUUUUAACUUUUAUGUCGUAUAUUUCUUAGUUGAUAACAAUAAUUCUCUGCUUUAUUUCUAUAAACUUUAGGCUUUGCAAGUAUGUAUCACGCACGAUUGAGUAAAUCUUACCAGCCCUCGCAAUAAAGGGGGAUUUUUAUUUUCAGAAUAAACUUAUGUCAUGGCUGUUAACAUUUAUAGUUUAGUGUUUGGGAAACUUUUAGUAAAAGUCAGAGGGAUAUACACGUGAAAAGCUAUUUGAUUUCACCCGCAGGUGCCUACGCAUGGACGAAAUGUUUACAAAAGCAUCAAACGGGUUCCGAGAAAUUCGGGCAGUUGGAGUUCAUGUUAAAAACGGCUUUCGGAUUUGUACCAAUGGAGUAUCUCAAGAUGUGAACAGCAGUCAUUUUAAGACAAGAUAUCAUCCCCCUUUUUUACCAGAAAGUGAAAGUAAACUACAGCCAAUAGAAGUUGGGAAAAAAUCAGCUGCAUGGAAAGCAGUAGAUCAUCAUGUGAUGGAUAACUUUAUUGUAGGAGUUGGAAGUGGAUCAACUGCUGUUUAUGCAAUGGAAAGAUUGGCUUUGAGAGUUAAAGAAGAAGGACUAAAGAUUUUGUGUGUUCCAACUUCAUUUCAGUCUAGACAGAUAGUGAAACAGCUAGGCUUAUCUCUGACUGAUUUGGAAGAACAUCCUCAGGUAGAUGUAGCCAUUGAUGGAGCUGAUGAAGUGGACUACAACAUGACCUUGAUCAAAGGAGGAGGAGGUUGCCUCACUCAAGAAAAAAUUGUUUCUUCUUGUUCCCAAAAUUUUAUUGUCAUUGCUGAUCAUAGGAAAGAUUCCAAAGAACUUGGACAAAAUUGGACAAAAGGGAUUCCAAUCGAAGUUAUUCCGAUGGCCUUUGUACCAGUUCAGAGACGACUUGAAAAGCUUGGUGGAACUCCUGUUCUUAGAAUGGCUAUAGCUAAAGCAGGUCCAGUGAUUACUGAUAAUGGUAACUUUAUUAUUGACUGGAAAUUUUCUGAGGUUAGAGAAUGGACAGUUAUAAACCAGACAAUCAAGAUGAUUCCAGGGGUUGUGGAGACUGGACUUUUUAUAGACAUGGCUAAGAGAGCUUACUUUGGACAAGAAGAUGGCAGUGUAAUAGAGAAAGAAAUUUCAAUGUGAUCUCAGAUUACAGUAAUAAAAACUGUUUGUUACAUAGCUAAUUAACUACAGACAUGACUCAUAAGAGGCAUCUGUAUAUGUGUGAGAGUGAUUAAUGUAUAAACCAUUUUAUGCUAUUUAAAGUUCAUUUCAGAAUGUAUUAAAGAUAUGAGUAAAGUAUGACUUUGUUUUUUUAUGAUAAACAUUUUAGACUGAAAAAAAAUAGUUCCACUUCAAUUGAAGAUUUAUUAUUUGUGAAACUGUAGAAUGUAGUUUACUGUAAAUUUAACUUGACUAGUGUUAACAAUUGUUGAAAAGAAGUAUUUAAUUAUUCGUUAUUGUUAUAAUGAGAUAUUAUACAAUUUUGAUAUAUAAAGGUUAACUUAAGGCAAUAUGAUCUGACAUAUUCUCAUUAAACUCACAAAUUUAGUGAAAUAUGAUGAGGCAUAUACUCUAAUACCUCCUUAUGAUUGAAGAAGUUACUCUUUUGAUGUAAAACAAUGUAUUAUUGGGGAAAAUAGUAGACUAUUCAGAAAAUGUCUUGAAGCAGAGGCAGAGCCUGAAUUAACUAAUUAAUUGCAUCAUGUGAUUAGUGGCUUAGGUUCAGCUUUAUCAGUAAGAUAUCGAAGUGCAUUACCUGUUAGAGAUGAGUGUUUACCUACUGUGUAAGACAAAAUCUAUAUUCAUUUACAAAAUAGUGGUCAUAAACAUAAAGUAAACAAUAUGAAUGUGUUGUUAUUGUAUUGUUUUCUACUAAGAUAUAUUGUGCAAAAAAUUAGGCCUAUUCCAGUUUACAGCUGAGUGUUAGGCUGCAGUACCUACCAACAUGGUAACUGCAAGGUGUAAACUGACAUCAGUGUAGAUUACUUUUUAUACUUUUGUCUACAGUUAAUAAUGAUAUUAGUCAAGUAUAAAUUUUAAUUAUUUCUUUUAUUAGUGAAAUUGUAAUUUAGAAAUAAAAAUACAUUACUUAUUACACACUGAUGUGUGAAGAGACCUACUUAAUGAAUUGUUAUAAACUAACUUAUUUAAUAGGAAUUGUCUUCUAAGUCUUUUGUAUCUAUUUUCAUGUACAAUUAAUCAGUAAUUAAUAUAUUACAACUGUAUUUUUUAUUUAGAUAGAUCUAGUAUAAAGUAUUGAUGUUUUGAGCACUCACUAAUUGAUUUAGUUUGUUUUUAUUCUUCACCUGCUUCCAUUGCUUACUUUGUGUAUUUUAAAUUAACCCUUUCUUUUUAUCUUCCUAUUUUGCAACUUCUUAGGAUACUGUCUCUGACCCAUAUUUCACAUAAAAACAUUUGUGCAUGUUCUCUUUCCUUUUUGUAGUUUGGAGGCAGAACCUAAAUGUCACAUGGUGAAAACACAAAAUAUGGUUCAAAGUAGCUUGUGAUUUGAGGUCAAAAUUUUCUGAGCAGUUCCAUUUCAGUAAUUAACACCUUCAUAACUAAAAUGAUUUGGUCCAUUACACUGCUAGUUGUGAGGCUUUCUAAUUACCAUUAAUAAUUAAAAGGUUGAUCUAAAGUUAAACUGUAGGUCCUUAAUAAACAUAUUGAAUUUAAAACCUACCUAUAAAUGCAAGGAAACAAAAUUAGUUUGUUUCUCUUGUGAAACUAAUUUUUUUUUGUGUGAAAUAGAGUGCUUAUAAAGUAUGUUUAGCAAUGUUUAAAUCAAACAAAACAUAAGAAAAUCCAGUUAUGAGUUUCUGUUAGACAUGUUUGAUAAUAUUUGUCUUUCAAUAAAAAAUAAAGCAUAGUUAAAAUGGUUAUAAUGAUUUUAUAAAAGUAUACAUCUUAGAACUCAGACAGUAUUGUCCCCUCUUAAGAUCUAAGUUUGGUUUCUUGAUACCUACUGUAGAUUAGAAAUGUAUGUGAGGGACCAAGGUAAAAAUAUUUAAACUUCUAUUUUUUUUUGCCAUCUCAGAAGUCUCGUAUCAUAAAACUUGUAUUUUGAUUUUUUUUGUAAUUUCAAAAGUCUCGUAUCAUAAAUAUUGUAUGAGAAACUGUGUGUAUUUAUCCAAAACAUCUCUCUCCAAGCUGCUAUUGUCAUGUGCAUUUUUUAUUUUCUCACUUAAACAUCUUAAUCUUUUUCUUUUUUGAGCUUAAUGUUGAUUUGGUUAUAGGAUGUAAAAUGUGAUUAUUAAAAGAAGUUAUGAAUGGAAUUUACAAUCACAUCUUGUACCUAGUGGCAUUGAUAGAAACAAUAUACACUGAUUGUUAGUGUAAAUAAAUCUAUUUCUGUUUGAUAAAAUCUUUGAAAUAUGCUGUACUUAUCAUCACCACGAGAGUGGAAAGACUUGAAAGCUUGAUUAAUUCUUUAUAUUUACUUACUUAAGUGGGUUAAACAUGGUUUGGAGAAUACCACUCUGAAAUAGACCAGAGUUUAAAUGUGAUAAAAUUAUAUUUAAAACUAGAUUUAAUUUGAGUGAUUGGUAUUCAAAUGUCUCCUUUUAUAUCCCACUCCCCUCGAACACUGUUCUAUACUCAUAUUCAGUGAUCAAAGUUCAUGUUCUGCUCUUUUGUUUGAGUUUUCAUAAUUGAAGAUUGUUGUUGUUGUGUGCUCAUCAUCUGGUUAAGAGCUGAUUUUCUUAAUUUAAUGACAAGAGAUUCUAGCAUCCAAGGUGGAAUUCUUCCUGCAGGUGGAGAGUGAUGCAGAAAAACUGGAGGUAGUUGGUAAUACUACUGGAGUUGUAGGUUUUAGUGGUACAGUGAGUGUUCUUUGAUUCAACUUCUAGUAUAAGGUUCAAAGUUAAAGUAUAUCUGGUAGCAUUUUUAUACCUAAAGCUGUUAAUUUGCUACUAGUUAUUUGAUGCAGUAGCAUUUGAGUGAUACCUUAAGUACAGCAUGUGUGAGUGCAUACUUUUUUUUUAAACACAGGUUUUAACAUUUAUAUAUAGUAGAAAGUUAUUGCUAAUAGAGCCUCCUGAUUUCUGCUCCCAACAACCCUAAAAUUAAAAUUAGGGAGCUAAAUAUUACUUAUCUUAAACAGAAGUAAGAAAUGAAAUCUUGAGAAAUGCAUUGAAUUCUGUGUUGUAUGUUUAUUUUUUGUAAUGCAUCCUACUACCUUAACUCUUUUUAUUUUAACAAGUAAAAUGCACUUUUAGGAAAAGUGCUACAAACCAUGUUAUGUACUUUCAAGCACAUGCAAGAUAUAAAUGACAGAAUAUUUUAUAAAAUGUAACCAGCAUUUUAACUUGACCAGUUUCCAAUAUUGGACUGAUAUAUUUUACUACAUGCUGUAAAAGUUGCAUCAGUAUAAUUCCUUAAAAUUGUAUGAAAUUAAAAUGGUUGAUAAAAUUUUGAAAUAAUGGCUAAAGGAAAGGAGUGAAAAUGCAGAAUAGGGGUUUAAUAUAUGAAUAUUACAUCAAUUAAAACACUAUAGCUAUUGAUUAAUUUGUAGAUAUUUAUGAGUAUGUGUAGUUUAAUAUAACACAAUGUUGCACAAAUCUUUUAAAUUUAGUGGUACUGUACCACAAUGAGGUUUUUUCUUUUGUUUUCUAAGUAGCUCAGUUGUGAUUGUAAGGCAAACAAGAUUCAUGGAAACUGGAACAGUAAGUCGCAUUUGAAUAACUAUAAGUUUGAAGAAUAGAAUCAGAUCAGAAUUAAUUAUACUUGACAUUAGUAUUAGGCCUAUUAUAUUUUUAACACUACAUUCUUCAUCUAGUCCCUUAAGAAUUUUCAAGAAUUAGAAAAAUGUAUAAUAAUUGUAUUUCAACAACACUAUGUUUGCCAUAUCCAUUUCCGACAGCACAUUUCAUUCAAUUCAUAGAUUGUCAGAUUGACUGAGACAUAACAAACACAGGAUUUAACAAAACUCAUUGUCAGCAAUAGAUAUGGCAAUACUAAUUUCUUAUGACAAUUAUCAUAAAUGAUAAUCAUGUUUUGCCAGCUUAGAAAAGGUGUUAGAACUGAUAGAAUAAUGGUUUUCACUUACAGUGUUUAAUAUAUAUAUUUUACAGUACUCUUAAUAUAAAAGAAGUUUUAGUUCUAAAGGCAUAAUCAGAAUUUGUAGUAUAUGUAAAAAUUAUUGUACCAAAGUCACAAACAGUAACACAAGAUAUUACAGGAAAUAUUAUCCAAUCUGUUUAAAAAUGCAGUUAACAUUUUUACUUUUUUAUAAACGUAUUUUCAUAUGUGUAAACAGCUAGUGAAUAAGAUUCUUUUAUUAUCAAUAUUCAGGCAGAUAGCAAAUUCUAACUACUGCCUGAAAAGUUAACUUCUAAUCCUGUUCUGUGGUUGAUGUAAUAUUGCCCUGGUUGCAUCUCAGGCACAUGAAUGCUUAUAUGAUUAACAAGGUAUUCAAUGGAUGUUGUUUGUCUUUAAAUUUGAAGAGCUAUGUUAACCUAUACAUUGUUUUAAAGACACAUUUUAACUGAACUUGUGGGUAGAGCUAUUUGAUCAUUUUCCUCUUAAUCGUGUAUGAAAUAGUGCCAAGUAAGGUAUGGCUGAAGUAAUAGUUUGCUUUGGUACAUCUAGCAUAACAACAGAUGGGGUAUUAGUUUCAGAUUUUGUGUGGAUUAUUUAUUUAGGAAUGAAAGCAGGAAAAAGUUUAUUCUUAGUAUUUGUUUAAAGUUCUCAACUUCUGCUUUGAUUUCCUGAUAUCUUAAUAGCUCUGUAUAACAUAGUUUUAACCAGGUGUUCUUGAAGAAAACCUUUCAAAAUAUGAAUAAAAUCCACUGAAAGUGGGUUUAUGAUACUUUUUAGUGGUAAGUAUGCCUGGUUAUUUAAGACGUGAAUACCUAAGAAUGAGUUUGUCAUUCAGUUGAUUUUCAGUGAACUUUAUAUUGGGAUGAUUACCAUUUAAAAUCUUGAUAAGUUAUUAAUUGACUCAAAAUUGUUAAAGACCACAGAAGUGUUACCAACAUAUCUCUUAAUAUGUAGGCUUAAAACAUUAAAGACAGAAUUGAAACCAAAUUUCUUUAUGGAAGUAUAGAAAAAUGGUUAGUAAGGUUGGGAGCAAGUCUUUAAUUUAUAACCACCCCAUCAUUGCUCAUAGAUUUUUAUUAUUAAACAUAAAAUGUGAUUGUUUCAUUGCAAAAUAUAAAAGAAGGUGAGCAUACUACCACUACAUCUUCAAUUGUAAAAAUGAAUAGGAAAGAAUAGAACAUCAACUUUGAUCAAUGGAUACUACAGAGAUUUAUAUAAUUGAUAAUGUUGAAUAGUGUCACUCGGUGAGAAAAAAUAUUAAACAAAAUUAAGUCACAUUAAUUAAAACCAAUUCUUUAAAUAAAAGUUCCUAACUAUAUCUUUUUCUUUGGCCUAUCAUGCGGUUAAUAGUGAGGGCUGAUAUUUCCCCAAACUGUUAUAGUGGGUCAAACUAAAUGUUACAUUAAGCAUUUUCUUUCACUUGAAAUUGGUGGGAAAAUACAACAAUUUUGAAAACUCUAACAACCCCUUAAAUUGAGGAAUAGGUUGUUGUUAUUAAUAUCUCACAGUAUGAAAAAGACAAAGAAUGAUUCACAUGAAUUGAAAUUGUUUAUUGUGUAGUAUGAAAAUUUUGUAUACUGACAGAAUUAAUUCACAUACAUCAUGUAAAAUAAACACAUGAUAAUUUGUUGUUUUAUAUAGGCUUUUUGCAAUAACAAAGCUAUCAUACUUUAUGGGAAAUCUUUUUUUAACGUACAAGUUUUACCUGAAUUAAUAUUAUUCAAUGCAUGACUGAAUAUUCAUCAUUUGUUAGUGUGCUUCCCACCUUCCAUAUUGUCAGCAUAUUCUUGGAUCUACAUUCCAUGCACCUUUUUAACACCUUGAGUAACUUUGGUUUCCUAAAUAUAUAGAUUCCUAAAGUAUAAAAUAAUUAUUAGUACUUCAGUACAAUAAUUAAAAUGUGUUUCCAGAACAACACAUUAUAUAAAUGUUCACAUGAGUGAGUGCUCUUGAAGCAAUAAAAAAAAAGUUUCUUUGUUUUUGAAUGCAGUAUUUGUUUAAUAACGUAAUGUUAUAAUUAGUAGAGGAUGCAAAAAACGUUGUUAAUAAAAUUUUUAAAGGUAAUUAUUUUUUUCAGUACUAUAGUUUUUAUUGUUUCAAGAAAUGUUAAUAAUGUUUCAUUAGAGUUAACUUUAUAAUUCUGUUCAAAACUUUUGUGAAUUUCAACAAGUACUUGUUUAUAAGUUUUCAGGCAAAACAGAACUUAGUACUAAAACCAAAUUAGCAGAGGUUCUAAGAAUUGUGCUCAGAAUGUGAAACUUGACCAGAAGAAACAAACUGAAAGAACAACAAAAAUCUCUAUUCCUGCUGGUGUUCGUCUUCUCUGUGAAACAGCAACAAAGUAGAACUUGCAGCUUCAGCUUCAUGAUUGACAUUUUAUACAGUCCUAAACUUCACGAUGCUGAGUGACAAGUACAUAUUAUUGGAUCAAUCCUUCAGAUAAAUAAAUGAAGAUAAGGGUUCUUUAGCAACCUAAUCUUCCCAAAUGACCACUAUGUUAUUGAAGGCUAGUUCAAUAACUUAAUUGUUCAAUGAUAUGAUUAAUGCAAUUUAAGAUUGGGAUUAUCUGUUCAUAUAGAAUAUCUAAUUUAGUACAGAUAUCUGUACUGUAUUUUUAAUAAUAUUACUUGAGUAAAGAUGUGUUCAGUUUU